GUGGGAGAGUCCGGGCCAUGGCCUUGGGCCCUGUCAUAGGCCCCGCUCUGCUGAUCCUUCUGCUCCCAGCAGGCCCACAGGCUUGCGGCCACAUCUCAGUGGAGGCCCUGAUCGUUCCCCUGGGCUCCCCCGUCCACGCGUCUUGCACCAUCCCCAACAACUGCAGCCUCCACAAGGGGGAUGGGGCAACUCAGAUCGUGUGGAAACUUGAGCGCGAGUACCAGGCGGGGGACAGACAGUGGCGGCGACCCGAUGGGACCCGGGAGUCCACGCUCACCAUUGCCCAGUUCAAUUAUUCUGAGGCUUCGCUCUUCUGCGGGGUGCUCUGGGCCGGAAUCCCGCAGAUCAUGGCCCACGUGGACCUCCAGGCGGGAUACUUACCCUUCCGCCCCAGCAAUCUGUCCUGCAUCAUGAACCUGACUACCGCCAACCUCACCUGUUGGUGGGACCCGGGGCCAGAAACCUUCCUGCCAACCAACUUCACCCUGAAGAGCUUCAGGAGCCGCGACCAGUGCCGUUCCCAGGAGGAGCCGGUCCCCGACUGCAUCCCCGAGGCCGGGCUGCAGCGUUGUGCCAUCCCCCGCCGGCACCUGCAGAUGUAUCAGAAGAUGGAGCUUUGGGUACUGGCGCAGAACGUGCUGGGAGCUGCCGAGUCUUCGCACCUGUGCAUCGAUCCCGCCGACCUGGUGAAGCCUGACCCACCGAGCCUCAGGAAGGCCAUCUCCAUCAUGCAGCGCCCCGGCUGCCUGCGCCUCGACUGGAGGGGUCACAAGGCCACCGACCACAUGGAGCAGGUCUGCGAGCUCCGCCAUCGCACCCACGGGGCUCCCGCCUGGACCGUGGUGUCACCCUUUCUCACCCACGGCCCCCCCAGCGAUCCCUGUGGCUUCCUCCCCUUCACCACUUACCUGCUGCAGAUGCGCUGUCGGAGGAGCCAAGAGAGCCAGGGGGGCUACUGGAGCGACUGGAGCCAGGGGCUGUGGGUCACCACUGCCCAACAGGCCCCCACGGGGCAACUGGAUGCCUGGUGGAAACUGACACCUCUGAGCCAUGAGAUGUUAGAUAUUCAGCUGCUCUGGAAGCCGAUGCAGACGAAAGAAACUCACGGCUGGAUCUUGGGGUACCGGGUCUCCCGGAGGCUCCGGGAGCCAGCUGGGGACACUGAGACCCUCUGCAAUACCACCGAACUGGGCUGCCACUUCUCCCUGCCCGCGGGGGUCAGGGACGUCUUCAUCACGGCCUUCAACGCCGCUGGAGAUUCUCCCCCGACCCACGUCACCUUCUGGGAGGUGCAAGGUCCACCCCUGUUGGGCCUCCACGCCUCCCCUCGGGACCCCCACAGCCUCUGGGUCCGGUGGGAGCCCCCCCGGGCCCCCACCCACGGAUACGUGCUUGAGUGGUGCCCGGCAGUGGCGGUGCCCUCCCCCCUGAGCUGCAACACCAGCUGGAGGAUCGAGCGGGAUGGGAGCAGCAACCAGGUUCUGCUGGACGAAAACAUCGAGCCAUUUCAGCUGUAUGAGAUCUCCGUGUUCCCCCUCUAUGUCGGGGGGAUGGGGCCGCCCCAGCAAACCCAGGCCUAUUCCCAAGAGAAAGCCCCGUCCUGUGCCCCAAAACCACAGCUCAGAGAGAUUGGGGAGUCCUGGGCUGAGCUGAUGUGGGAGCCAGUGCCCCUGAGGCUGAGGAAUGGGAUCCUAACCCAUUACACCAUCUUCUGGACCGACACGCAUGACCACGUGGCCUACAUGGUUUUGAACGCCUCUUCCCGGACCUGCGUCCUCAAUGGCUUGGAGCCCGGCAGCUUGUACAGGGUGCACAUGAUGGCUUCCACGGCCGCCGGCAGUGUCAACAGCACCGACCUCACCCUGGCCACCGUGGCCCUCAAUGAGAAGGGGAUGCACAUCCUGUUCAUUUUGUUCUGCCUGUUCUUCCCCCUGCUCGUCUGUAUCACCGCUACCUGCUUCCGGGAGAGCAAGAAAAUGAAGAAUCAGUUGUGGCCGAACGUCCCGGACCCAGCCCGCAGCAGCCUGAGGGGCUGGCUGCCCCAGAGCCCGGAGGAGCAGGAGAAUAUCCAGCUGCCCAAUCUGCGUGACUCCGGCCCCCUGCCCAUCUCUAGCCUCACGGUCCUGGAGAAGGAGACGGAAAAGAAGCCGUCUCCCUGGGGGACGAUGGAGGGGGCGGGCAUCCCAGCCAGGGAUCUCCCAGCCCCGGCCCGGGCUUACCUGCUCCAAGCUGAGCCCCUGGCAGCCAGCGCCCUGCCAGGGGAGACUCAGUCCUGCCCCUACAUGAACGAAGUCCAGUACGCCAAGGUGUUGGACGCCUCUAACUCCCGGGGCCAGGCGAAGACUCCAGCACCUCUCUACCUGCGCUCUGACUCCAGCCAGCCUCUCCUGGGGAAUCUGACCCCCAGCCCCAAGCCCUACGAGAAUCUGUGGUUCCAGAGUGGUUCUCCCAGCAGCGAGGGAGACCCUGGACCCUUCUCCUUCCGGGAAGCGCCGGCCUCUCUCGGAGGCCUCGAGGAGCCACUCGUGGACUUUCCCUUCCUGCGGGGCCUGCAGCUCGGAGGGGCUGACGGACUCGGGGGCUUCUAAAGCUCCCUGGUUUUCCGGGUUGGGGAGAGUCAGAGUCAGGCCUGCCCCCCGCUCACUCUCUCCCUCCUUCUGUCCCACCUCCUCGGACCCUGCCCACCCAGGGUCCAGGGAGGGGCUCCAGUCCUGAACGUUGGAGUAGGAAGGGUCCUCAGGUUGACCUCAGAGGUGAAGCAGGACUCUCCAGAGGGGAGGGGUCAUUCAGCCUCCAUCCUGACUCCUGCCCCCUCCCCAGCUCUGAACUGAAGGGGAGAGGCAACUGGACAUCGCUGCCCUGCAGGACCUUGUGGGGGGGGGGGGGGCAGCGGGAGCACCCCAAGAGCAUCUCCAGCCUGCAGCGA